AUGUACAUCAUCCUCUUCUACCUAGUCACCCGUCUCCCUGACUCCCUUUCCUCAGUUAGGGACCACAUUCUCUCCCUUUGCCCCACCGAGCUCACCGUCGACCUGCUAGAGGAGCGCCCCACUGCAGCUGAGAAGAGUAUAGUUGAUGUAGGUGCUUCUCGCGGCGACCCUCGCGCCCCGUUCUUUGAGGGGUGUUCCCCCGUUCCCCUUCUGCCCUCUAUUGCUUCUGCUGCUGCUGUCGACCUCCUUGGCACUGAGGAGGUCGGGGCUGCAUCUGCUCCUAGUGGGAGGCGCCGCAGCAGCAAGGGCAAGGGGGGCAAGGGUGGUAGAGGGGACGGCGGGGGUGGCGGUGGUGGCAGUGGAGGAGGCAGAGGGGGUGGGGGUGGAAGCAAGGGUGGUGGCGGGAGUGGGGGCGUCGGUGGCGGCGGUGGAGGUGGUGGAGGCAGCGGCAGCGGUGGUGGAGGCAGCGGCUGCAGCGGUGGAGGCAGCAGCGGCGGCGGUGGAGGUGGCGAUGGCGGUGGUGCUGGUCGGGGUGGCGCUGCGGAGCGUGGAGGCUUUGGUGGUAGCCAGCGCCAGCAGCAGCCGCGUUCCCGCGAGACCCCAUUGCCCCAGCAGCUUCGUGAGUGGAACACGGGCUUGGGAGGUCUGGGGGUGCUGGUCCCUGCACUUACGUUCUCCGCACCGGCGGGCGCCGUGGGGAGACGUAUAGAGUCUGCUGCUCUAGGUGCUGGUGAGGCUGCUACUCUAGGUGCCAGUGAGUUUGCUUCUCCAGGUGCUGGUGAGUCAGCUCUCUCUGGUACUGCGCCUGCUGAGGCCUUGCACACCUUCACACUUGACUCAGCGCGCCGCUCCUUACUCCUCGUUUCCCCCAACGACUUCUCCCCUGCAGACCCUACACAUGGACGCGUCCGUGGACAGGACCGCGAGCGGUACUUUUUGCUGGUUGUUGACGACUACACGCGUUACACCACGGUCUUCCCCUUGCGCACCAAGGGUGAGGUCCCUGAUGUUUUGAUGCCCUGGAUACGCGCUGCCGAUCUCCAGCUCCGCGAGCGGUUCGGGACGGACAUUCCCGUCCUGCGUCUGCACGUAGACAGUCGUGGUGAGUUUGCCUCUGACUUUCUGCGGGACUUUUGUCGUGGGAAGGGCGUUUGCCAGACGUUCAAGCUCCCGGCCUCACCGCAGCAGAAUGGGAUUGCUGAGCGCCGCAUUGGCUUAGUCAUGGAGGUCGCUCGUACCUCCAUGGUCCAUGCGGCUGCCCCCCAUUUUCUGUGGCCAUUUGCGGUCCGCUACGCUGCGCAUCAGCUCAACCUUUGGCCCCGUAUCUCCUUGCCGGAGACCUCGCCCACACUGCGUUGGACGGGGAAGGUUGGCGAUGCAUCAGUGUUUCGGGGUCCUGCUCCCUCAGGUGUGUCCCACGUAGACGCUCUCGAGCCUGUCGAGGUAGCGGUUGACUCUAGUGCUGCUACUGGGGGUGGUGCUGCUGGGGGUGCUGAGCCUGAGCGUGCGGAGCUUGGGGGUGCUGAGCCUGGGCCUGGGGGUACUAAGCCUGGGGGUGCUGAACUUGGAGGUGCUGAGACUGUGGUGCUGAGUCUGCUGGAGUUCCUGCAGGUGCCUCGUCUCGGCGUGAACCUCUCUCUCCACCGCAGCUGCGCGAGUGGUUUGCUCGCCAUUGGAGACUCCAGCGAGGUGCUGGGGCUAGUGGUGCUCCCGGAGUUGGAGCUGGAGGCGCUAGUGUUGUUACUGCUAGAGGUGCUCCUGGAGCUUGAGCUGCUGGAGGUGCUGGAGCUGGUGGUGCUGCGGGAGUUGGAGCUGCAGACCUUGGAGCCGGGGGUACUUGUACUGUCUCUGCGGGUUCUGGAGGCACGCACCGGAUGGCGCUACGUCCUUCCACUGCGUGUCCCUCUGCCGUAUCCUCCUGCGUCCUCCCUUGCUGACGGUCCUGACCCGGAGUCUGACUCUCUUUGUGCUGCUAGUCCUACUAUCACGCGUCUCCUGGCCACUGUUGUCACUGACUCGUCGUUUGAGUCCACUGCUGCGUCUGCCCUAGUUGCUGAGCUUGUUGACUUUGCUGCCGCCUGUCUUCUAGACUACACCGCUAGUCUUGUUGCUGAGUCUGAGUCUGUCUGUCCUCCGUCCGUCGGGGGUGAGUAUGCUCUUAGCACGAACGUCCUUGAUGAGAGGCAGGAGGAGUUUGAGUGCUUUGCCGCUGCUGUACCUCAUCUCGUGUCCAUGCUAAUUGCCCCUGAGGGAGACCCGGAUGCACCAGACAUCCCGACCCCGCGCUCUUACGCAGAGGCGAUAGAGGGUCCCUACUCCUCUCAGUGGCAGACAGCCAUGGAUGCAGAGAUGGCUUCCUGGAAUUCCACAGGCACCUACGUCGAUGAGGUUCCCCCGCGUGGGGCGAACAUCGUCAGUGGCAUGUGGAUUUUCAGGGUGAAGCGCCUGCCGGGUUCUCCGCAUGUCUUGAAGGCGCGUUAA